AUGGCAACAGAAACGUCAAAAGCAGAUCAUUACAACAGCCAACUCUUCCUCAAGAAUCUGCUCCACAGCCUUCAACACCGAUUCACCACUUAUAUCCGCGCUAAACGUCCUACAACUUCAACUGGUGUUGGUUACCCAGGAGAUCUUCCCUUCAAACUUGAAACCGGAUAUGUGAGUGUGGGGAAGUGGGAUGACGUGGACCUAUUUUACUACUUCAUAGAGUCCGAGGGGAAUCCGGGAGAAGACCCUCUCGUUCUUUGGCUUACUGGAGGACCUGGCUGUUCUAGCUUUUGUGGACUUGUUUAUGAAAUAGGACCCUUACACUUCGACACAGAACAUUUUGAUGGAAAGUUUCCGAAUUUAACACUGAAUCCGUUUUCAUGGACAAAGGUCGCCAACAUAAUAUUUUUAGACGCACUGAUCGGCACUGGAUUCUCCUAUGCUGAUAAUGUGGAGAGUUACGUUGUUGAUGACCUAUUAUCUGCAAUAUACAAUUACAAUUUCCUACUGAAGUGGCUGAUGGAUCACCCAACAUUUUUGUCGAAUGAGCUGUAUGUUGGCGGCGAUUCAUAUUCCGGCAUAAUCGUUCCAAUCAUUGUUCAGAAAACAUAUGACGGAAAUUCUGAGGUUGGAGUGCGGCGUCUACUUAAGCUCCUAGGAUACAUACUUGGGAAUCCAUUAACAAGUCAACAUGAUGAUAAGAAUGCAAGAAUUGAAUUUGCACACUGGCUCGCACUAUUAUCGGAUAAACUCUACGAGUCAAUAAAACACAAUUGUCACGGGGAGUAUGUGAAUAUAGAUCCAAACAAUGGAUCAUGUAUAAAGGAUCUCACGCAGGUCACUGAGUGCCUCGCCAACCUUGACACUGCACAAAUUCUGGAACCUAACUGUGCUUAUGCUUCAAAAAAUUCAAGUAAAUUGAAGUGGGAUAAAAGAUUUAUUGAAGAGGAACCAACAGAUUUCCUACUUCUACCAGAGCUUCCUAAAUUCUGGUGCCGAGUAAUUCUCUCUCUCUGGUCCGACAAGCUCUUCACUUCCGAAAGGGAACAAAGGAAAAAUGGGCGAGGUGCAACGAGUCCAUGGCCUAUACAGAAGUCGUCUUCAAUAGCCUCGAUUACCACCGAAAACCUAAGCCAUACAACUCUUCGAGCUCUCAUUUACACCGGGGAUCACGACAUGUUAGUUCCAUAUCUGGGAACCCACAAAUGGAUAGAGUCCUUGGGUUUAACUGUUGACGAGGAAUGGAGAACAUGGUUUGUUGAUGGCCAAAAUGGAGGCUACACAAUGAGUUAUGUAAAGAAAGGAUACCACCUGACGUUUGCAACUCUCAAGGGAGGAGGUCACACAGCUCUAGAGUACAAGCCUAAAGAAGCUCUUGCCAUGAUCAAAAUGUGACCUGCUUUUUACUAUCUUUGACGAACACGAGAUCAACAGACAAAUAUAUUCAAUAAUUUCUUUGGUGUACAUCUGUUCAAUACCGACUUUAUCAGAUGUUUUUUGAGGAUAUUUGAAUCAUAAACAGUGGAUUGAAUUGAUGAAGAGAACUUAUUUAAGGAUAAGAGCAAUGCUACGUAACCCGACAAAUUAUCCUGAAAAUAUCACGAAAAGAGAAAUCAAUGGUUCAGG